CAUAUGCAACAUCUUACUUGUAUGACAUUCAGUAUUAAUUAUUUUAGAAAAUGUCAAAAUUGAGCUCAAAAAUGAUUACCUGGCAUCGAUCCCCGAUAUGAAACCGGCGGCAAAGCUGGUUGGGCAACACUCAAGCAAACAUAUAGGCACGGAUAAAACGCGAGACAAACCGGGUGCAAUGAAAACUGUGAUGUCAUGGUUUAGCAACAGAGACUUAGAUUACACGACAGGUUUCAUGAGAUACGGAAUUAGAUACCAGAACGGGCGUCUGAUUGUACCGCUCACGGGAACGUACAACAUCUACUCCUUUCUGAGUUUGACUGAAAACAAUGACUCCCCGGAGGUACGAAAUGAGAAUGAGAAUGCGAACAACACCCUGGUAAAGCAUGUAAUGUACAAAUACAAUGUCAAACUAGCACACGAAGUGGAACUGGCAUCUUCUGUACAAACACAUCGGCUGUCGACCAAUAGAAAUUUCAACGCGUUCAGUUCACAAAUCUCUACUUUGGUGCAAUUAGAGGCUGGAGACGAAAUUUCUGUUAAAGUCAGCAAUAUUGCACUGAUGUCUUAUCCUGGUGAUAAUUUUUUUGGUGUACAUAUGAUUUGACUAGAAGCUCCACAGACGUCCGCCACCGUGGGAUUGCGUGCUCGUCGCGUGGAUGCUUUAGACUGAAGAUCCCACAUUACAGUUAUACACAUUGAUAAGUCGAGUUUCACAAACACACCAUAUAAUUUGUUCUGGACAUUGGUUUGAAUGGUAAUGUGUUAUAUUUACGAAUCAUCUCUACAAUCAAUAUUAACUGGGGUUUAUAUUUAUUUUAUAGUUAUUUGUAUGUAAAACACGGGACCAUAACUAGUUUUCAUUCAGUCUAUGUCGGAACAAUAGUAGGUUAUUUUCGAAAAAGUUAACACAUUGUUCAGUUUAUAUAUCCGUUUUCUUACAGAAGAGAAGCUAGUCACAUGUAAGUUUUACUUUGCUUUUUUUUAUUUCACAGCAUUGGUGCAAAAAGGUACCAUGUGAAAAUGAAAUAAGGAGACACAUGGUACCUUUGUGCACCAAUUGAGCGAAUAUAUAAUAUAUAUUAUGUAGAAAUGACGAUGACAAUAAAUUGUAUUGUCAAUUGUCAUUUCUAAAUAAUCGAUAUGAUAUAUGAUUAUACACAUGGUGAGACUCUUGACAAUGUAUUAUCCCACAGGCUACCUCAUAGCUCAAUCAAAGCUAUAUGUUUGAAAUAUUAUUUAAGCGUUAACGUCAUGUUACGCUGUUUUCAAACAAAUAACCCGAAAUAAACGUUGUAUAUUUUGAGAAAACACUAUUAUGUCGUUUUAAUUGUUGAAUUUUGAUGUUUAAAAUAAAUAAUGUCAACGUUUU